AUGAAAACAGUGCGGUUCAACAAGCAGGCGCUCGCCAUCCUCGCCGCCUGCCUCAUCUUCGUUCUCUGCGUCGUCUCCUACUUUUCGACGUCCUCGGAACCUCAAAACGCCGUCCUCGUCGGCGAAGACGGUGCGGGGGCCGAGGCGAAAAGAGCGAGAGAACACGUGGCAAUUCGGGAUGUGGGGAACAGGCACCUGGCAGAAGAGGGAGUGCACGAAAAGCCGAAGGUUGUGCACGUGGAGACGGUGGUCAGCAAGGAGCAAACGGAGAAGCUAAAGUCGGUGAAAGUGGAACUGAAACCGCCUACGGUGGUGGUGGAGGAGAACAAAGCGACGGAGGAAGGAGAGAUCGGAGGGGGAACGGCGCCCGUUCAGACUGCCGAAGGGCUCGAGAAGUUGAUCGGAAAGAUUCACUACGAAGACAAAGAUGAGGAGAAUGGUUAGUCCGGAUGAGAAAGAGAAGAGAAGAGACAUGACUUUUCAGAUCUCCGACGCCAGAAAGUUAAAGAGAUGAUGGUGCAUGCAUGGCAGGGGUACAAGAACUACUCGUGGGGAGCCAAUGAAUUGAGGCCGAUGGCGAAGACGCCGAAUUCGCAGAACAUAUUCGGGGGAAGUCAGAUGCCGGCGACCAUCGUGGAUGCGGCCGACACACUCUUCAUCAUGGACCUGAAGGACCAGUACAAAGAGGCCCGGGACUACAUCGAGAAGAACUUCUCCAUGACCAAGUCCACGUCAACUCUCUCGGUCUUCGAGACGACCAUCCGCUUCUUGGGAGGCCUGCUCUCUUUGUACGCGCUCACUCAGGAACCCUUCUACAUGUAAGUUCUCGGUCUCAAAUUUCAUGUUACCUGUCCGUUUUAGAAGCAAAGCUCGCGAGGUCGGAGAGGCUCUCCUGCCCGCAUUCAACACUCCUUCUGGAAUUCCGAAGAGCAACUUGGACGUGGCUUCGAAGCAUGCGAGCAACUACGGAUGGGCCAACGGCGGGCAGUCGAUCCUCUCGGAAGUGGGCAGUCUCCAUCUCGAGUUCACCUAUCUCAGCCGCAUCGCCAGCGCUCCUAUAUUCGAGAAGAAAGUGAGGAAAGUGAGAGAUGUGCUCGAAAAAGCGGACAAGCCGAACGGACUCUACUCGAACUACAUCAAUCCGGAUACCGGACGAUUCACUGGCAGCCACAUGUCGUUGGGAGCCCUCGGAGACUCAUUCUACGAGUAUCUCAUCAAAGGAUACGUGCAGUCCAACUACACCGACAGACAGGCCAAGAACAUGUACUGGGAUGUGAGCGAGGCGAUUCAGAAGAAGUGAGUGAAAAGGGACCGACGAAACACUUCAAUCUACUCUUAAUUUCAGCAUGAUCAAAGUGUCGAAGAAGUCCAAAUUGACGUACACAGUGGAGUUGAGCAACGGGCAACCGCAGCACAAAAUGGGUCAUCUCGCCUGUUUCGUUCCCGGAAUGUUCGCGUUGCAAGCAGUGAAUGAGGACACCGAGGAGGAGAAGUCAAAGAUAAUGACACUGGCGGAGGAGUUGGCGAGGACGUGCCACGAGAGUUACAUUCGAUCGGAGACGGGCAUCGGUCCGGAGAUGUUCUACUUCAACGACAACGACGAGGCGACGAGCAAACACGCGGAGAACGGCUACAUCCAGAGGCCGGAAGUCAUCGAGGGAUGGUUUUAUCUGUGGAGACUCACCGGGAAGACCAUGUACCGAGACUGGGUGUGGGAAGCCGUGCAGGCCGUCGAGAAGUACUGCAGAGUGGACUCCGGGUUCACUGGACUCCAGAAUGUUUACAAUCCAAAAGCGGUGAGCAUUCACAGCUUCCAACUAUUUUCAAUGUUGAACAUUCGUUUUCAGGGUCGUGACGACGUGAUGCAAUCCUUCUUCCUGGCCGAGUUUCUCAAGUACGCCUAUCUGACGUUCGCCGACGACUCCCUCAUUUCUCUUGAAAAAUGGGUUUUCAACACGGAAGCACACCCGGUUCCCAUUCUCAGUCAUUAG